AACUCUCCCAUGAGUCAAACAUGGGAGUUCUAUGGCAGUUCUACUAUGGCAUAUCUAUGUAUAGCUCUAAAAUUGGCUGAAAUAUAACCCGAGUUAAUGAUUAGCCCAAUGGUUAUCAGAACUACCUGGAUCUACAGGGCUUCGAGCAGUCCACCUGCAGAGGAGUCGACAGAAGGCAGCAUGUCCCCUUUACUCCUUAGGGCUUGGCUAUUGGUUUUAAAUCUAGUGAUUUCUGCUAGGAGCCAGAAGACAGAACCCUUAAGUGGCUCUGGGGACCAACCGCUGUUCCAUAGAGCUGAUCGACAUGACUUUGCCAUCAUGAUCCCUCCAGGAAAUACAGAAUGCUUUUGGCAAUUUGCCCACCAGACUGGAUACUUCUAUUUCAGUUAUGAGGUUCAGCGGAUACUCGGGAUGUCACAUGAACGGCAUGUUGCUGCCACUGCACAUACCCCACAGGGUUUCCUCAUAGGCACCUCCCAGGAUGUUCGGGGCCAGAUUAAUUUCUUUGUCCAAGAGACAGGUUAUUAUCAGCUUUGCCUAAAAACUCAGCAAAAUCACUUUGGUUCUGUGCAAGUGUACCUCAACUUUGGAGUUUUCUACGAAGGGCCAGAGAUGGACCACAAACACAUUCAAAGAAAAAAACUGAACGAUACCCUGGAUGCAAUUCAGGAGAGUACACGAAAGGUGCACAACAAUGUCUUCCACAUGUGGCGAUUCUACACCUUGACACGAAUGAGGAAAACAGCUGACUUUUUCCUUGUCCAAUCAAACUACACCUAUGUGAACUGGUGGUCAGCAGCCCAGAGCCUUGUUAUUGUUCUUUCUGGGAUUUUGCAGCUCUAUUUCUUGAAGCGUCUCUUCAGUGUUCCAACAACUAUUGACACAAAAAAGCCAAGAUGCUAAGCUGACUCCAGCAUCUGGACUUUUCUUCUGGGGCAGCAGCUUUUUCAAAACUUUGGUCAAAUCAGCUUUGAAAAGUUAUUGAGGGAAAAAAAUCAAUUUAAUAUUUUAAUCUAUUGUGAUUAUCAACAAAAGCAAAAAAGGCAAUAAAAUUCA